UGUUGACCAAUGACCACACACCAAACUGUGUCUGUGGUCUCUUCCUUUGCCUUGCGUCUAUCGAAUUCUCUCUCUCUCUCUCUCUCGUCUCUGCAAUCUGCAUCUGCAUUUAUAUCAUUAUCGUUCGUUCAUAGAAUUAGAAAUGCAGAGCAGAGGAUCGAGCCAUAGACUCUCGAGUAUGGGUAAUCGAUCUCGAAUUCCCGCACUCGUCAUUUCCAUGUUCGCUACCUUCGCUUCCAUCUACGUCGCUGGAAGGUUAUGGCAGGACGCACAGAAUCGCGUUUAUCUCAUCAAAGAGCUCGAUAGGAUCACUGGCCAGGGUCAAUCUGCUAUAUCUGUGGAGGAUACGUUGAAGAUCAUAGCCUGCAGGGAACAACAUAAGAAGCUUGAUUCCCUUGAGACGGAACUUGCUGCUGCUAGGCAAGAGGGUUUUGUUUCAAAGCCCUUGGUGGAGACUAAUGGAACUUACUCUACUAAAAGGCCGUUGGUCGUGAUAGGUAUACUGACAAAGUUUGGCCGCCAGAAGAAUAGAGAAGCAAUCCGCAAGGCAUGGAUGGGAAGUGGUGCAGCUUUGAAGAAAAUUGAAGAUGGAAAGGGCAUCAUUGUGCGAUUCGUUAUUGGUAGAAGUGAAAAUCGUGGAGACAAUCUGGAUAAAGACAUUGAUCGUGAGAAUAGGAUGACAAAUGACUUCUUAAUUCUUGAUAAUCAUGUUGAAAAAAAUGAUGGAUUCCCAAAGAAGGCUAAAUUAUUCUUUGCUCAUGCUGCAGACAAAUGGGACGCUGAGUUUUAUGCUAAAGUUAACGAUGAUGUUUAUGUAAAUAUUGAUGCCUUGGGAGCUACACUUGCUGCGCAUUUGGACAAACCUCGUCUUUACAUGGGAUGCAUGAAAUCAGGCGAAGUUUUCUCUGAGCUGAACCAUAAAUGGUAUGAACCAGAGUGGUGGAAAUUUGGUGACAAAAAAUCAUAUUUUCGUCAUGCAUCAGGAGAGAUGUAUGUUAUAUCACGAGCUUUGGCUAAAUUUAUAUCAAUAAACAGAUCUAUUCUUCGCACCUAUGCUCAUGAUGAUGUGAGCUCUGGAUCCUGGUUUAUUGGGCUUGAUGUGAAGCAUGUUGAUGAGGCAAAGUUUUGUUGCUCCUCUUGGUCAGCAGGAGCAAUUUGUGCUGGUGUUUGAGUUGAUUCUUGUGAGAAGACCACCAACGUAAUGCUCGGGAGUCAUCAAUUGUUGGAAGGUUUGCUUCCUAAGAUUUUUCAAUUUCAAUUGGAAGCGGAGUCAUUCCCGGAGAUGUCUGCUAAAAAGUUGCUUCUGGCUCUUGAUUUGAUGUCCAUCGAACAAUAUAGUUUCAUUAGCUAGCUUAUAUGCACAGUUGGCAAGUUGAGCGGUUGAAGGUUUACUAGCAAAACAUCGUACAGCAAAUAAAAUAAAAAAAAUUCAGCUUGCCACCUAUAAUUUGGUUUAUUUCAUUCUAUGUUUCUUUCUUUCUUUCUUUUCAUGGACGUAGGGGAAGAUGACUCUUAGUAGAACUUCCAAAAAUGUAAUAGUGAUUAGUGAAAGUAUUUAUAGGAGUGACAUGGUGGCUGACCAUCUCUUUUGUAGUAAAGGGAACUUUGUUUUUGUAUAUGAAAUAGGCAGGGAAUUUUGAGUCUUAGGUUUUAUUGAAUCACAAUUCAUCAUUUGAUAUUAUUUGACUGGUCAAUGGUUCGUAUAUUGACUUUGAA